AUGGGCAUCGCCGACAGCCUGACGCAGCGGCGCGUACUCCUGGAGCUGCGCCAGCUCUUUGGGAACCAGGACUGGGACUCUGCACUGAGAUCUCUGCCGGCCGAUUUCCUGCAGCGCUCCAUGGGCCGCUUCACACCGGUGGCUUUUGCGCCCGCUUCUUUGGAAGAGGAGAACUCCCCGAAAGCGAAAGGCUCUCCGUACCUUGUGCGCCAGGCUGCUCCACUGCGGAGGGUCGAGCCUCGCUUGCCGCCGCCUUGCGAGCCCGACCCGCCGCGCCUCACUGCGGAGCAGAAGGAGGCCGCAACCGCCUCCUUGGUCAAAGGCCUCACCACGGGAAACCUCGAGGCUGCUCUCAUUUCGGCUCUUCCUGGAGCCUUGGACAAGCUCCUCGUCGGUGGCUUCGGCGGACGUCCGCCGUUGCCGUCUUCGCCGAAGCCUGCGAGGACGGGCCGGCCGCGUCCCCGUUGCUCCGCGCCGGCAGACGGCGCCACCGCAUCAGAGCCUCGCACAAGGGCUCAAUCAGAGCCCACUGCUGAAAACUAA